AUCUCGUUCUCGAGCUCUUACCGCGUUUCGUACCGUGCGAUAUAACUGGUCUUGACCUUCACCUCUCAACAUGCCGGAGUUGACUGAAAUUACGGAAAGUGCGGCCGCCGCCUCCAGCGGAACCACAGAAGCCAAGCUGGAAGAUGCUCUCAGUGACACAGAGACCGAGGAUUCUAUCCCGGAUCUGGAAGAUGCAGGUAAAGUUUGAUUUCAAUCAAAGUUCCACACAAUUAAAUGCAUUUCAUCCUCAUCUAACCUCUCUAUUGCUCUCCUGUUCGCCUUCAGGUGCCGCUGCAACGACACAGCUGUCCGCCGGUGAAAUCCCGGACAUCUCGAAAGCGAAACAGUCGCGCGGUGAGAAGAAGGCCCGCAAGAUCAUGUCCAAGCUCGGGCUGAAGCCGGUCCAGGGCGUCAACCGGGUAACGAUCCGGAAGUCCAAGAACAUCCUGUUCGUGAUAAACAACCCGGACGUGUACAAGAACCCGCACAGCGACACCUACAUCAUCUUCGGCGAGGCCAAGAUCGAGGAUCUCACCCAGCAGGCGCAGGUGGCGGCGGCGGAGAAGUUCAAGGCGCCGGAAGCGACACCGGCCGCCGGCGAGGCGUCGAGCUCGACGAACGUCGUGACCCCGAUCGCCGAGGAGGACGAGGAGGAGGUGGACGAUACCGGCAUCGACGACAAGGACAUCGAUCUCGUCAUGUCCCAGGCGAACGUGAAACGUGCAAAGGCCAUCCGCGCGCUCAAGAACAAUGAAAACGACAUCGUGAACGCGAUCAUGGAGCUAACCAUGUAAUAAUGUAAUUUGUUCGGCAGCGCUGCACCACACAAAAACACAGACACACAUACAUACAACAUCAAGAACAACAACAACAACAACAAAAUUAGUUUGUCUCUGUUAGUGUUUUUUCACAAGCCCUUUCCCCGUUCCCCGCCCAAAGCCGAAGGCCAUGUGUGGGCAAGCAUCGUGAGCACACGUGCGUGGAAAAUACGUUACAACGGACACAUUACAUCCCCCACUUCUUCGUGCUCGCUUGUGUCGCCUAUUGCAGGGCGUUUCUGGAUUUUGGAAGGAAACUAAUCUAGUGUCCUGGAAAGAUGUCGAUUGCAACAGGCACAAGGGUGAAGAGAAUGUGCGUGUAUGUGUGUGUGCGCAAGCGCGAAAGAGACUGCCUUUUUUGGCGCAAGGCGUUUUGCGUGCGCAACCUCGUUCGCGUGUUUGAUAUUGUUGCUGUUGCUGCUGCUGCUGCGGCUGCACCCCUUCAUUAUCCCCUCUAACAUUACAUCAAGUAAAACCGAAUGCUAAGAUUAUAUCGUAAACGGUAAUAAAACCUAAACCUACAAAA